UCUCUGACAGAAAUGGAAUGGAAUCACAAAUGGAAUGAUCCAUCCAUUCAUUCAGUAAUUUUGACAACUGCAUUACAAUAGAAUUGAUUGUGAUUUUAUUUAUUCUAAAUAACCUUUUUAAUGGUUCGGUGCUGUUUUAUGAAAUAUACAUUUAUUCUAGAUUACAGUUGGAAUUUCAUCAAACUGCAAAAUGAGUUUUUUAUUCGGGAGCCGGUCGAACAAGACCUUCAAGCCGAAGAAGAACAUUCCUGAAGGCACGCACCAGUACGACCUGAUGCGGCACGCGGCGGCCACGCUGGGCUCCGGCAACCUGCGCCUCGCCGUCAUGCUGCCCGAGGGCGAGGACCUCAACGAGUGGGUCGCCGUCAACACGGUGGACUUCUUCAACCAGAUAAAUAUGUUGUACGGCACCAUCACGGAGUUCUGCACCGAGGAGUCGUGCGCGGUGAUGUCUGCGGGGCCCAAGUACGAGUACCACUGGGCGGACGGCCACACCGUCAAGAAGCCCAUCAAGUGCUCCGCUCCCAAGUACAUCGACUACCUCAUGACUUGGGCGCAGGACCAGCUUGAUGAUGAAACACUUUUCCCUUCAAAAAUUGGCGUCCCGUUCCCCAAGAACUUCCUGUCGAUGGCGAAGACGAUCCUGAAGCGGCUGUUCCGCGUGUACGCGCACAUCUACCACCAGCACUUCCCCGAGGUGGUGCAGCUGGGCGAGGAGGCGCACCUCAACACCUCCUUCAAGCACUUCAUCUUCUUCGUGCAGGAGUUCAACCUGAUCGAGCGGCGUGAGCUGGCGCCGCUGCAGGAGCUCAUCGAGAAGCUGACGGCCAAGGAGGCGCGAUGAGGCGCCCGCCCGGCCCGGCCAAGCAGGCGCGAUGAGGCCGCCCCCGCCCCGCGACGCACCUCAAGUUUUGUAAGCCUAGGAAUUUUUCAUUAUCCUGAUAUUUUUUGUGUUAUUCAUUUCGAGCCGAGAGGUCCCGAGUUUACUUUGGUUUCGCUUCGCUGUACCGUUUUUUAUCGAGUAGAUUCGAAUGUCCGACUGUUUGACUAAUAUAGACUAGACUAACUUUUCUAAAAAUUGAUAAAGAUUGUGAUAUGAUAUUUUUGAUAUCGAUCGACGAGCGAAAGUGUCGUUCUAGGUGUAAGUGAUGCCAUAAGAUAGGGAAGUUCGCAGAUAGGCUUUACAGAUGAUGGCCUUCCUAUAUGAUAAUAAUAUAGAUUUGAUUAACAUACAAAAUAAUAUUUAGAUUUGAUACAGAUGUAUUACAGAAUCUACAGAUUAUAGAUUAAUUAGCUGAUCUCUUAAUAAGACAUCCGAAAAAUGGUUUAACUUAAUGAUUCUUUCUUAAAGGGGAAAGGCCCUGCAAUACAUAUGUUUAAAUCUUACACAAGAGCAUGUUUUGAAGCAGGAUAGGCGGAAUAGUUUUUUUGUAGUGUAAAUCUAGAAUGAUUCAUGCCACUAUCUCUGUUAGCCAUUCUCUUGAUAAUGUCAUAAAUAUGCGAUUAUUAGAUUUUAUAGUGUGCACACAUUAAGGUCAGUUUAUAUCUACGGACAUUGAGUGUGCAAUAUUCUAUUAUACAGUGUCUAUUAACGUAUUUAUAUCUAUCUAUCGUUACACGGCCGCGCAGACACCAACAGACACGGGCGGCCAUUAUUCGCGGAAAGAAUAUUUUGUCUGUACGUGUCUGGCACGCUCAAUAUCUGUAGAUAUAAACAGACCUUUACUUAACAAAACCACCAUUUAUUCAUAUCCAAUAUGGGACUGGACAUCCCAGAAUUUUAGUAAUUAUUGAAUAAUUUAACAAAGUAGAUAUAAAAAUAAUUUAUAACUUUUAGUUUCAAAUAUCGCGUUUAUUUAGUUUUAUAACCCACACAAUUUAUAUCAAAUAGCCUUAGGAGCCAUUUGAAAAAUCACAAUAUUUAAUAAAGUUGCCGAACCAAAUUCCUUGGGCGAUGCAUACAAAGGGGGCCAGUGAAAUGAUGACCAAUGUGAUUUUCAAAUAAUGAUAUCGAAAACGCCCCGACGUUUUUAUGCCAUAGAAGUAAUUAUUACACUUAAUUACACCGAUAAAAAUUGUCCGGUCCCCUAUUGAAAAUCUACAGGGAUUAUGGGAUUAAUUACAAUCAAAUAAAGUAUCUAGUUGCAAUUCUCACAGGUGCUUUUAAGAUGUAUCUAAUAGAGUUUGAUGCUUGAAUUUCAUUGAAAUACUCAAUUCCAGGCUAUAAUAAAUAUAGUACUUCAAAUAACAUUGAUUAGACUGAUUGUAGAAACAAUAAAUUAAUUUUGAUGUGUUUAUUUCAUAUCAGAAUAUACUUAGGUAUCAUAUGUUUAUAAAUUUAUGUAUUAACUGCAUUUUGUUGGUUACAAUACAAGCUCAUGUGAUGACACGAUUCAAAACUGAAUACUCGAAUCCCUGAGUGAGACUUACUAAAUUGGUGUGCUAAUAUUAAGAUUUAUUUAUUAUCGUGAUGCGGAACAGCGCAGUUCGCGCUACGACUAUGUUUACUAUUAAUUUAAUGAAAUUUUAUUUAUCAUUUGUGUUUAUAUUCUGAAUUUAUCUCAGUAGCAUAAUUAAGUGAUUGUAGAUAUAUUUUGUGCAUUUAAUAUAAUAUUACACAGAAUUGAUGAGUUGAAUCUGUUAUAAUAGUAAUGUGCGACUGCCUUUCCUUUAGAAAGUGUCAGGAAUGUCGUACAGCUAAAAAAUAAAUUACAUGAUAAAAUUA